CAGAGCCGGUCUGCCCUCCCCAGGGAUGGGCCCCUUCCGCCAGCCCCCCACAGAGCCAGUCUGCCUUCCCCACGGAUGGGCCCCUUCGCCCAGCUCCUCCCCACCCCAUCCCGCUGCAGAGCCCUCUCCUGGGACAGGCCCCUCCUGUCAGUCCUGCCUGCAGAGCCGGCCUGCCCUUCCCAGAGAUAGGCCCCUCGUGCCAGCCCCCCGCAGAGCCGGUCUGCCCUCCCCAGGGAUGGGCUCCUUCCGCCAGCCCCCCACAGAGCCAGUCUGCCUUCCCCAGGGAUGGGCCCCUUCGCCCUGCUCCUCCCCACCCCACCCCGCUGCAGAGCCCUCUCCUGGGACAGGCCCCUCCUGUCAGUCCUGCCUGCAGAGCCGGCCUGCCCUUCCCAGAGAUAGGCCCCUCCUGCCAGCCCCCCGCAGAGCCGGUCUGCCCUCCCCAGGGAUGGGCUCCUUCCGCCAGCCCCCCACAGAGCCAGUCUGCCUUCCCCAGGGAUGGGUCCCUCCCGCCAGCCCCUUGCAGAGCUGGUGUGCCCUCCCCAGGGAUGGGCCCCUUCCGCCAGCCCCCCACAGAGCCAGUCUGCCUUCCCCAGGGAUGGGCCCCUUUCGCCAGCUCCUCCCCACCUACCCCGCUGCAGAGCCCUCUCCUGGGACAGGCCCCUCCUGUCAGUCCUGCCUGCAGAGCCAGCCUGCCCUUCCCAGAGAUAGGCCCCUCCUGCCAGCCCCCCGCAGAGCCGGUCUGCCCUCCCCAGGGACGGGCUCCUUCCGCCAGCCCCCCGCAGAGCCGGUCUGCCCUCCCCAGGGAUGGGCCCCUCCCGCCAGCCCCUUGCAGAGCCGGUGUGCCCUCCCCAGGGAUGGGUGCCUCCUUCCAGCCCCCCGCAUGGCUGGCCUGCCCUCCCCAGGAACAGGCCCCUCCUGCCAGCCCUGUGCAGAGCUGGCCUGCCCUCCCCAGGAAUGGGCCCCUUCCACCAGCCCCCCGUCCUGCCACAGUGCCCGCCAACCCCAUCCAGGGAUGGGUCCCUCCUGGCAGCCCCCCACAGAGCCAGCCUGCCGUCCCCAGGGACAGCCCUCCCCGCCCUCCUCACCCCCCUGAGCCUGCCUACCCUUCCCGGGGACAGGCCCCUUCCACCAGCCCUGUGCAGAGCCUGUCUGCCCUCCCCAGGGAUGGGCCCCUCCCACUAGCUUCCCGCAGAGCCGGCCUGCCCUCCCCAGGAAUGGGCCUCUCCCGGCAGCCCCCCGCAGAACCAGCCUGCCCUCCCCAGGGGCAGCCGUUCCUUCCCCCCCAGAGCCAGCCUGCCCUCCUCAGGGACGGUCCCCUCCCAGCAGCCCCCCACAGAGCCAGCCUGAUCUCCCCAGGAACGGGCUCUUCUCUCCAGCCCCCCACAGAGCCCACCUGCCCUCUCCAGGGAUGGGCCUCUCCCACCAGCUCCCCGCAGAGCCAGCCUGCCCUCCCCAUGGAUGGGCUCCUCCCUCCAGCUCCCCGCACAGCCGGUCUGCCCUCCCCAGGGAUGGGUGCCUCCUUCCAGCUCCCCCGCAGAGCUGGUCUGCCCUCCCCAGGGAUGGGUGCCUCCUUCCAGCCCCCCCACAGAGCUGGUCUGCCCUCCCCAGGGACGAGCCCCUCCCGCCAGCCCCCCGCAGAGCCGGCCUGCCCUCCCCAGGGACGAGCCCCUUCCGCCAGCCCCCCCCAGAGACAUUCUGCCCUCCCCAUGGAUGGGCUCCUCCCUCCAGCUCCCCACAGAGCCGGUCUGCCCUCCCCAGGGAUGGGUGCCUCCUUCCAGCCCCCCCGCAGAGCUGUCUGCCCUCCCCAGGGACGGGCCCCUCCCGCCAGCCCCCCGCAGAGCCGGUCUGCCCUCCCCAGGGGCGGGCCCCUCCCGCCAGCCCCCCGCAGAGCCGGUUUGCCCUCUCUAAGGAUGGGCCCCUCCCACCAUCCCCCUGCAGAGCCAGCCUGCCCUCCUGAGGGAUGGGCUCCUCCUGCCAGCCCCCCACAGAGGAACUAGUCUGUCCUUCCCUCAGAGACAGGCCAGGGCACCUCGCACCAUCAGUACGUGCAGACUUUUUCCCACUGAUCUGUGCUGGUGCAGCAGGGGCAGAGCUGGUCACGCAGCCUGCUCAUGUGAGGGGCUGAGUCCUCUGGGUCUCCUGCUCUGCCCGGGCCCCACCCACCAGCCCCUCUCCCCAGGGAUGGGCCCCUCCCGCCAGCCCCCCUGCUGCAGUGCCCGCCUCCCCUCCCCAGGGAUGGGCCCCUCCCACCAGCUCCCUGCAGAGCCCACCUGCCCUCCCCAGGGACGGGCUGGGCGAGAACUGCAGCCCGGCAGAUUUUGUUCCCCUGCAGGACAAUGGCGUCUAGGGCCCCAUGUCCCCAGUUGCCGGGAAUGGAAGAGCCGUUCCCACUCCACUAAGUAGUUUCUCUUCCCCCUUGUAACCAUGUCCUGGAGCUUCCCCCAGUAAACGAGCCUCACUGAUGGGCCGGGAGGGUUUAGGUGAGCAUUCAGGACAUGGGACCUCCCAGAGCUGGAGCUCUGACAUAGGCCUUUGCCCUGCGGGGCAGGAAUCCCGAGCUGGGACACUGUGCAAUAGCUGUUGGUUUAAGCCAUUUGUGCUGGAGGAGACAGGAGCCCCUGCAGAUGAGUGUGUCAGGGCACAGCCACUCCGCCAGGCAUGUGCUAUGGGGCCUCUGGAUGUCUUGCCACUUCACCCCAGCCCCUGCAGGGUGGCAGCAUUCAAGGGUGCAGGCUGUAAACACAGAGCCCUUAGUAUUGGAUCCAGAGAGGUUGCCACCAGGUCCCUGGCUGGCUCUGCACCCGACAUGGACCCACGGUUCCUAAUGUGAGCGCCCAUGGGAGAGGCUGAGGCAGCAUAGAGUUUCUUUAGCUUGAGGGUGGGGAGGUCCUGCUGUGAGGCCCACUCCAAGUCUACCUCAGGGACAGGGAAGGACACAGCAGGGGCUAGGGUCUCUCGCAGAAAACCCAGGGGCCUUAGUUCUCACUCUCCCAGCACUGUCAGGGUGGCGUCAUUUCCCAGUGCACCCUUACACUGCCUGCCCUUGGUGCCGGGUCUGCACACCCUGGCACAUUGCUCACCCAGCUCCCAGUCAGAGCUGCUCCCCAGGCUUGUUUACCAUCGAGCUCCUGUCCCACCUCUCCAACGCCAUGGACCUGUUUCCUCUUCGUUGCGAUCUGCAUGUCAAAUAGAGUCUGUGAUUGAGCCUCUGUUGAAACCGAAGGCGCCGGCUGUGCGUGGAAGUGGAGAGAUAUUUUAGCACUGAAUAGAAUAUUUUUAAAAUUAAACUAUUUGAAAUACA